GAUUUCAAAGGUUUUAUUCGUUUUUAAUAUAUUGUUUUGAAUAUUAACAGAGGUGUGAAGGAAGUAACUAUGAAAUUACUUCUCUCUUAUGAAUCCCGCUUCUCCUUGUUAGGAAUGAAGUUACGAAUCAACGUUCUAUUAAGCGAAAGUGUGUUGGAAAACAGGCGCGAAAUAAGUAUUUGGUUACGUCGAUCGCAACACUAGGCAGCUAAAAAAAGCGGGAUUAUCAAUAUUUGGACAAAUUUAAGAAUAAAUUUGAAAACAUAGCGAGAAAAAAUGGAAACGCCGACGGGUAGUGGGCACCCACAUCGCCCCACCCGCACGGCAACGCCGCGCCUCUCGGAACGCAAGCGCCAACUAUUUAGCAGUCUUGUCUCCAAACUGCGAAAGAUCCCUGACGAGGAGAAUGGAGACACGGAUACACUUGGCGUUUCACCUUUAAAGCCUCACGCGGCUGUUAACAGGGACAGGCGGAGCCUUUUUGUGCCCAACGAGUCGGAAGGAAGCUCUGGGAACUCCAGCAGCCCAGAAACCAACAAGGAGAACAAAAGAUUGACUCGUGGCGUCUUAAAAGAAGGAGAAGAUGGAGGUGUAGUCGUGGCUGGAACCGAGGAGCACCUGCCGCUCUUAUUUACUACGACAAUGCGUCUGAACAGCUUCAGUAGCAGUAGUCACAACAGCAGUCCAAAGACACCAAAGAAUCACAAGCAGCAAGCGGAUUCCUCCAUGUCGUCGCCCUCAGAAGUCGAAUCCUCACCAAAUGUUGUACUAAGAAGGUCGAGUAGACGAAAGACGCGUGCCUUCAAAAAACAACUGUAUUCUGAGGACGGGGUGAUUGUGAUCAAGGAUUCCUCGAUCCAACCUUCAAAGCAGGCUAAUACCUUGGAAUCAGCUUUGAAACCAAUUAAGAAAAGUGCCAAUAAGGAGGCAGGAAAGGUGAAAAGUAUUGCCGUGGAAACCCAAACAUCAAAUUCUUCAACUCGGUUUGCUAAGAGCAGCCGUGAAUCUUCCGUAUGUGUUAUUGAAACAGCUCAAGGUAUCCCAGAGAUCAUCAAAAGUCGCAGUAAUAGUCCAAAAUUAUUUCUCGAGAUACCAAAACUGGAUACGGAGAAUGAUUUGAGGGCGCAAAAAACUCAAAAGCGCAUUGCUAUGACUCCAACCUCUAGUGAUUCUGACUCAAGAUCCCCACAGAGCAAGCUGCCAAAGUUAAACCUCGAGAGCAGCAUUCCUACAAUGUCGUUCUAUUCUCAGAGAAAAUCCGGUCCUUCAGAUACCAUGCACUCUGUCAGCACUCCCAAAAGUUCAAAGCGUUAUGAAAUAGUGAAACCGAAGGCUCGGACGUCGCCAACUUCCCGACAUCGUUUGAAUAUUAACAAGGGAGUACAUCACAAGAUACGAAAAAAACCAUUGCUUAACCGAAUGGCCCACACCGAUCUGAAUCACAUCCUCAAAUCGCUUAACAACGAGAGGCUUAGAAACCUGAUAACGACUAAGCAAGAAGAGCGUGCAAAAGUAGAGGAAGUGCAUCAAAUCCUUCGAAAUGCUCGCGAUCCUAUUAAGAUGGCAAAACCGCUCAGUGUGAUAUCGGCUGACGAUGCUAAUAACAAUAAUAACGUAUGGCAGCAGAUCGAGGACGAUUUCUCGGACCUCAGCGAUGAGGAGACAAAGCAGACGAGCAUAGAACUCGAGGCUAUGGAGCCGAUCAUUCCGCUGAUUCGCCACGAAGCCCCCAAAACCUCACCUGCUUCGGAGACCGUGGACUUAAGCAAGCGAAAGUUCUUCAAAUCGGGACGCCGGAGUAGCACCUGCAUGGAGGUCAAGAUCACGGACAAUAUUCGAGCCAGCGUGAGUCAGGGAAAGAUAGCAUUGAUCCAGGCUCCACGCCGAAAGCCGAGAGGAGUGCGAGUGAAAUCAGCAACUAUAUUCUCCGCAGAACAAGCCACCGUAGAUGCGAUCCUUAAGAAUCUAGAUGACUCGGUGGUCGGUGAUAUUGUCGAAUCUGAGCCCAUGGAUACGGAGACUGCCCCAAAAGUCAUUGAGUAUAUUGAACCCUUGGUUGAAGCCGAUUUUAAUCCAUUUUCUGCCUUUCGUGACCGAUUGCCCUUUCAAACUGAUGACCCUCAGAUAAUCGAACAGCAGAAAAUCUUAUUGGAGUUCCUCAUUAGUAACAACAUCUGCAAUGAGGAAAACUUUAGGAUUUUUAUUGAAGAUCCUGAUAAUCAUAAAGAGGAGGCCAACAAAAUAAUAGAUGAACUGUACAUGGUGGUGAAUAGCGAGGAAGCAGCACUCGCGGGUAUGUUGGCCGAGCCAACGGAUUUGCCUCAAGUGGAAACGUUGGAUUCACCAAUAGAUACGGAAGAACCUCACGAAGAAGCAGAAUCACAUGGUUUUCAAUCCACACAAAAAGAACCUUCCAGAAAUGAAGCUGGGAUCCAGCCUAAGCUUUUUCCAAUUUUUACGCAGCGAUUGCAGCCGGUUAUAAAACCAUCAACUCGUCGUAGGCCGGAAACUUACACAAAACUACUUAUGGCGGCAGCUGGUGGAACCAAUCAGUACCAGAUCGACGCUGGUCAGAAAGCUUUUGGGGCAAGGCAAUGCCAACAGUGCGGCUUAGUUUACACUGUUCACGAGCCGGAGGAGGAGCAGCUGCACCGCGACUAUCAUAACUCGAUUCAUGUGUUGAGAUUUAAGGGCUGGAUAGAUGAGGAUAUUGUAGCCGUUUACCCUGAUUGGUCUAGUGACGCUCGGAUUAUACGCAUAAACGAAAAUGCACCGUUAGCUCGGCUGGAUAGGCUCAAGGAACUCAUCGGUGUGGUAGACAAGGAGCUAGGAUACUCGUCUUAUAUUGUGCCGAAGGUUUUCGUGGCCUUCCUGGCUGUACGUAAGCAGCAAAUUGUGGGAUUCUGCCUGGUGCAGCCCCUAUCCCAGGCCCACCGCUUCAUCCACGUCGAUGGGACGGAUUACUUUAGCGAGGAGACCUAUGAGGCUAAAUGCGGUGUAUCCCGAAUAUGGGUUUCUCCUUUGCACCGACGUUGCGGGAUUGCCAGUAAACUACUCCGAGCCGUUCAGUGUCACACAGUGCUUGGCCAAGAAAUUUUGAUGGAGCACAUAGCUUUUAGUACACCAACGGAUGAUGGACGAGCUUUAGCACGGAAGGUUACCGGUUUGGAUAACUUCCUUACCUACGAUCAGUGACCUGGAAAACACAUAGCAAAAUGGCUAUUGAAUAGCUGGAUUACUUUCUAAUUUCAGACCUGUAAUAGUUUUUAAUUUUUUCAAUGCGAGAUUGGAUAUAAUUUCUUUGUUUUCAAUGGAGGAGCCGAAUGUCUCCAAUAAUAUGCAAUACAUUUAUUUUGAUAUAUUUGUUUUUGAUAAA